UCCGACUGUCACUCACUGCAAGAUCAACAUGACAGCGUAAUUCGCACGGACACCAAAAAUAAAAAUGGACAACUUCUAAAUUCACAGUUGACGAAACCAUAUCCCUUAUCAAUAAAAUGUAAAGUUGAAAUACAAACAAAAAAACAAAAGGAAGCCAAAAUGGAAAAACAUGAUAAAAAAAUACAUGGAUUCGAAGACAUCCCUCUAAGCACCAGAGUCGCCUUGGGUACAGUUGCAGGUAUGACGGCCACAACGAUACUCCAUCCCUUGGACCUCGCUAAAGUCCGAAUGCAGGUUUGCGACCACCCUGGCUCGACUUUGAACGUAAUCCGACACGUGGGCAGGUGCGAAGGCUACGGCUCAUUAUAUACUGGACUCUCCGCGGCUCUUCUGAGGCAGGCUACUUAUACUAGUACGAGAUUGGCCGUUUUCUAUUUUCUCUACGACGAAUACAGAAGAAAAUACUGCAAGGCGCCAUGUCUGAACGAGAAGAUUAUAAUGGGCAUGUACGCGGGGCUGGCGGGAGCGUUUAUCGGGAAUCCCUCGGAGGUGGCACUCGUCCGACUAAUGGCCGACGGACCACGAUACUGCUGCUAUUAUUACUGUCGACCUUACACGGGAACUUUCGACGCCAUUUGCAAGAUAAUUCGCUAUGAAAGUAUCAGCGGCUUGUGGCGAGGCGGUGUCUUGACUUCGGGUCGAUCUCUGAUCGUGACAGCAGCUCAGAUAGGAAGCUAUGCAAAGACUCGCAGGGCGUUACAAGAAAACAAAGUGGCUAAAGGUUUGGAGUUGCAUUUCUACACGUCGAUGAUAUCAAGCUUCAUCGCAGCCGUCAUCUCGUUGCCGAUAGAUCACAUUAAAACUAGAUACCAAGUUAGAAGUGAUUGUGUAACACAGAAGGAAAUUUUGGCGGACACAAGGAGGAAUAGGGGCAUAUUUGGUUUGUGGAGAGGAUUCACACCGUACUAUUUGCGGAUGGCUUUUCACACCUUCAUCACUUUCUAUCUGUUGGAGCAGUUUUUCGAGAUGUACCAGAAAUGGGAAGAGCACGAGAGAAAACUUAGAUGAGGCUUGUUUAGAUGCCGAAGAGAAUGGACUCCGUGCUGGAAUGUUUUAAUCGAAUUGCUAGUUUUUGCAUUGGCUCAAAGUGAAUGGCCUUUUUAUAAUCUGUCUCUUGAAGUUCUAGUAUUUGUCGUGCUGAUUCGAUCUAGAAUUUUUUAAGCUGAAGUUUAAAUCAAUUGUUGACGAGUUCAAAUGAAGUCCCCAAAAUGUUUAGAUCUAAAACGUGCAAGUCCAUAGUUACUUUGGUUUGUUUGCAAAUUUUACUCUUUAGAUUUAUUGGCAAUAGUUUAUGUGAAAAAAACCUAAAAAGACAAACCUAAGCUCCUUUAUACAAUACAAAUACUUUAUAAAAUA